AUGCUGGAGAGCACUUUGCUGGAGGCGGCGGGGCGGCCCUUGGGGGAGGCCUCGCUCCAGAUGUGGGAGCUCAACAAGCGGCUGGAGGCCUACCUGGCGCGGGUGAAGGCGCUGGAGGAGGAGAACGAGGGCCUGGCGUGGGAGCUGCAGCGCCUGCGGGGCAGCCCGGGGCCGGCGGGCGAGCAGGCGGGCUCUUGGUGGCGGGCCCGGUGCGAGGAGGAGGUGGGCGCCCGGCGCGCCGAGCUGGACGAGGCCUUCCGCCAGAAGAGCGCGGCGGAGCUGGCCCGGGCCGGCGUGGCGCAGGAGCUGCAGCGGCUGCAGAGCCGGUGCCAGAAGGAGCGCGCGGCCCGCGAAGAGGCCAAGAGGCUGCUGGCCGCCAGCAAGCAGCAGCUGGAGGAGGAGAAGCGCGGCCACCUGUGGCUGCAGGAGCGGGCGGGCCAGCUGCAGAAGGAGCUGCACGCCGCGGCCCAGGCGCACCUGGAGGAGCGCGCGCGCCUGGAGCACGACGGCGCCGCCGGCGGGCCCUGGCGCCUGGAGAGCUGCCGCCCCCCUGGGCCGCCUUUCCCGGCGGGGGAGCUGGAGGACUACUCGCGGCGGCUCUCCGAGCUGUGGCGGGGCGCCGUGGACACCUACCAGGCGGAGGUCUCGCAGCUGCAGGCCUCCCUGCGCCAGGCCAAGGAGAACCUCUGCGAGGCCGCCGAGCGCAACCGGCACAGCCACCUGCAGCUGCAGCAGCUGGAAAAGGAGCUGGCCGCCCUCCAGGGCCGCAAGGAGACGCUGCGCCAGCGCCUGGCCCACCAGUGGCAGCACCAGCAAGGAGAAGCCCACAAGCUGCAGCUGGCCGUGGAGGGGCUGGAGGAGGAGAAGCAGGGCCUGGCCCUCCGCAUCGCCCAGGUGCUGGAAGAGCAGCGCCAGCUGAUGCACCUGAAGAUGUCGCUCAGCCUGGAGGUGGCCACCUACAGGACUCUCUUGGAAGCAGAGAGCACACGGCUGCAGAUGCCAGCAGCCCCCCAAGUGGCCCUCAGCCCCCCAGAGAGCAAAUGGGAAGCAGCAAGUAAGACCAAGCGCCAAGCAGCCUCUCUGGGGUCCCGAGACCCCUGGCCGAGCCCCACGACCUUCCUGAAGGCAGGUGUGACGCCUCCGUUGCCCAAGAGCCAGAGUGGCCCCUUCAGACUCAGCACGGCCUCUGGGCUCCCCAAGAGGAAGAGAAGCCCCGUAGGGGGCUGGGAGUUCCAGAAAGCCAACUCCGCCCUGCAGCCCCAGUCGACCACAGCUUUGGAGGCGGAGGACGUCGGCCCAUCUUUCGUUGACUCCACUGCUUUGCAGUUAGGCUCCUCCCAACAAAAUGAGUUGGCCACAGCCAGCAGAGCUGGGACAGUUUCCCAGUCCUUCAUCCAUGAAUCGCUCCUGCUCUUCAACUCCAACGGGCCUCUCGUUCCAAAUGGCUUGGGAGAGCCCAGCUCAAAUGCCGAGCACAGUUGCCCACCAGGAGAAGAAGAUGGAGAUGACAUUUCAGUCCAACUGGCCACGGGGGAGUUGGGGAAGAAAGCAGAGCUCCAUGAGGAAGUGGAGGCGGAAGAGAAGACCACUGGGCAUGAGGUGCCUUUUCCCUCCCAGCUGGUCAUGGAAGCCCUAGAAAUGGCACUGCAGGAAGUGCCGGUGGGGGAGGCCUGCCUUGAAGCUGGCUUGCUUGAGGCAGCUGAAGCCCUCAACGGCAUCCCGUCUGUGGACUUUUCAUCCAUGGAAGAGGAAAAUGGGGCAGCCAUUUCUCCAAGCGCAGCAGCAUUUGAGGAGGACUCGCCAGAGCUACACAAAAGCCAGAGGGAAGUAGGGUUCCUGGAGGGUGUAGAAGGCUCUGAAGACUCCGGGGAGGCCAACGGUGGCUCGGAAGUCUGUCCUGAGCAGCAGCAAGAAGAAGCCGGCAUGUGGGUGUCUUGGCAGGCAGAACCACCCUCUCUACAAGGAACACAGUUGCUGAAGGAAGAGAGAAGUCCUUCCACCCAGCCCAACAAAGAGGGAAUUGUAUUUGACAUUCCAGUCGCUGACAACAUUGACUGCUGCAACAGAACGUGCGCGUCAGAGCAGUCUGAGAGUGGCAAUGAGCAGCCCCGUGACGUCCAGUGCAUUCUUGAGAGGGAUGAGUGGGAAGAAGGUUUCAAGCGGACAGAGCCAGCAAGUCAACUGGACACAGAGGCAAUGGCCAUUUUGAGGGGCAGCCAGGACAGCCCACAGCCUGGCACAAGCCAUCCUCCUGGGGACCAUACUGCCGGUGCCAUCGGACCAGAGUUGGAGGAGGCUGACGGAGGGGCAGAAGACCUUGAGGUGGUGAGCACAGAGGCCCUGCAUCUCUCAGAGGAUGAGGAACCAAGAGCCCUUUCGAGCCCUUCCAGGGAGAGUGAAGAAUGUGAUUUCCAGGCAGAGAUGCUGGAAAUGGAGUUCCUUCAGGCAGAAGAAUUUGCAGCCGAAACACUGUCACCCAUAAACCACUUGUUUUAUUCUGCAGAAAGUCACCAAGAGCAUCACUUUCUUGGGAUUGAGCAGGAAACCCCUGAGGAAGAAACAUCACUUCCCAAAAGAGAUUCCACCUUGCCAAAAGAGGAGGGGAGAGAGGUGGACUUGCAUGCUGAGACCUCCUGGGCUGAAGAGGCUGCCUUGAGAGAGGAACACUCAGCCCAGCAUUCCCUGUCCACUGAGCCCAGGGCCACAGAGGAGGAGGAGGAGGAAGCAGGCGCUCAGGAUCACCACCACUGGGAACCACAGAAGGAUAUUUUGGGACAUGAAGUCCUCCUUGAGGAAGGGGAGGCUUUGGGCAAGGGAGACACAAUGGAAAGGAAAGACAUGGCCACCUUGCAAGAUUGGACCUGGGAGCAACAAGAUGCCUUACAGCAGGACAACAUGGGAGGUGUUCUGAGGCUGGGGGCCUCCACGAGAGAUCAAGGGGAGGAAACAGGAGAGGCAUGUCAAGGAGACCUGCCCAUGGAGCAGCAGGCGGAAGAGGAAGAAGAGAUCACCCCCAGAGAAGAUCAUGGAGAGAAAGCAGUAGAAGCGUGUCAAGGAGACCUGUCCAUGGAGCAGCAGGUGGAAGAGGAAGAAGAGAUCACCACCAGAGAAGAUCAUGGAGAGAAAGCAGUAGAAGCGUGUCAAGGAGACCUGUCCAUGGAGCAGCAGGUGGAAGAGGAAGAAGAGAUCACCACCAGAGAAGAUCAUGGAGAUAAUGCAGUAGAAGCAUGUCAAGGAGACCUGUCCAUGGAGCAGCAGGUGGCAGAGGAAGAAGAGAUCACCACCAGAGAAGAUCAUGGAGAUAAUGCAGUAGAAGCGUGUCAAGGAGACCUGUCCAUGGAGCAGCAGGUGGCAGAGGAAGAAGAGAUCACCACCAGAGAAGAUCAUGGAGAUAAUGCAGUAGAAGCAUGUCAAGGAGACCUGUCCAUGGAGCAGCAGGUGGCAGAGGAAGAAGAGAUCACCACCAGAGAAGAUCAUGGAGAUAAUGCAGUAGAAGCAUGUCAAGGAGACCUGUCCAUGGAGCAGCAGGUAGAAGAGGAAGAAGAAAUCACCACCAGAGAAGAUCACAGAGAGAAAACAGUAGAAGCGAGUCAAGGAGACCUAUCUGUGGAGCAGCAGGUGGAAGAGGAAGAAGAGAUCACCAGUAAAAGAGAAGAAACAAUAGACACAUGUCAAGGAGACCUACCCAUGCAGCAGCAGGUGGAAGAGGAAGAUGAGAUCACCAGCAAAGAAGAUCAUGGAGAGAAAACAGUAGAAGUGUGUCAUGGAGACCUGCCCAUGCAACAGCAGGUGGAGGAAGAAGAGAUCACCACCAGAGAAGAUCACAGAGAGAAAACAGUAGAAGCAUGUCAAGGAGACCUAUCUGUGGAGCAGCAGGUGGGAGUAGAAGAAGAGAUCACCAGUAAAAGAGAAGAAACAACAGAGGCGUGUCAAGGAGACCUGCCCAUGGAGCAGCAGGUAGAAGAGGAAGAAGAGAUCACCACCAGAGAAGUUCACAGAGAGAAAACAGUAGAAGCGUGUCAAGGAGACCUAUCUGUAGAGCAGCAGGUGGAAGAUGAAGAGAUCACUGGCAAAGGAGAACAAAUAGUAGAGGCAUGCCAUGGAGACCUCCCCAUGGAGCAGCAGGUGGAAGAAGAGAUCGCCACCAAAGAAGAUCACAAAGAGAAAACAAUAGAAGCAUGUCAAGGAGAUCUGCCCAUAGAGCAGCAGGUGGAAGAUGAAGAGAUCACCAGCAAAAAAGAAGAAACAGUAGAGGCAUGUCAUGGAGACCUAUCUGUGGAGCAGCAGGUGGAAGAUGAAGAGAUCACCAUUAAAGGAGAAGAAGCAGUAGAGGCACGCCUAGGAGACCUCCCCAUGGAGCAGCAAGUCGAGGAAGACAAGAUCACCAGCAAGGAUGAUCAUAGAGAGAAAAUAGUAGAGGCAUGUCAUGGAGAUCUGUCUGUGGAGCAGCAGAUGGAAGAGAUCACCAGCAAAAGAGAAGAAACAGUAGAGGCAUCCCUUGGAGACCUGCCCAUGCAGCAGCAGGUGGAGGAAGAAGGGAUCACCAGCAAAGGAGAGGAGACAAUAGAGGUGUGUCAAGGAGACCUCUCCGUGGAGCAGCAGGUGGAGGAGGGAGAUCUUGCCGUGGCUUCCCCUGAGAGUGAUUUGCUGGAAACGAAAGAUUUGUUAACAGGGCCAGAAGCAAUGGAGGCUGAGGAGAGAGAGUCAAAGACCGGCCUUGGGGAGAAGGCAGAACCCGCGGGUCUUGUCAACAUGAGUGAGGAGCAGGAGCGCCUUGAAGCCAAACUAGUCUCCAAGACUGACACUCCGCAGACAGAAGAACAGCCUGUUGCUGCUGAGAGAGAAGAAGCCUCCCCAAACCAGCAUCCGCUGCACUUUGAGCCAAGCCUGUGCCAGGAAGCCAGCUCUGGGGGCUCAGCAAGGCAGGCCAAUGCUGCCAGUGGGCCUGAAGCAAAGUCCUGCCAUGGCCUUGAGGAGACAGGGGUGUCUUCUGAAAAUGACCCUCAGUUGCAAAGUGACCAUUCAGGGUCUGAGGUUUCCCUUGAGUCCUUCGAUGUUUCCCCAAACGCCACCCGUGAAGCAGAAGGGAUUGAAGGGGAGCUGGAAAGCAGCCGGCGUAUUAACCUGGAGGAGACGUUGCCAGACAGAACACCCUUGCAUCUCUAUGAUGAGCAGAUGUUGGCUGGGAUUGGGAGGGACGAAGAGGCAGCCGAGGUGCCCCUUUUGACCAAAGCCGGUGCCCCUUCUGCGGAGGCCCUGGAAGAAGCGGAGGAGGAGGAAACGGCAUGUCUGUCUAGUCCCCAGACAGAAAAGGAUGACGCCAGAGUCUUGGAGGGAGAUGAGGAAAGAGGGUGCUCCCCUGAAUCUGAUCCCCAACAGGAUGCUGUCCACUCAAGGGAACUCCCUCUUUCAAAAGAUCCAGAAGCAGCUAAGCCUGAGGAACUCGUCAGAGAGCAAGAGGGAGGGGAAGCUGAAAUGCCAAGUGCAGAAGACGGUUUCCCCCCGUUGGAUGCAGAACGUGAUGAACAGCCGGGGGGCGUCUUGGCCGAUGGCACUGGUGCACGAGAAGAACUUGCGUGUGGAGACACGACCCAUGAAGAGGAAAUGGGGAGCACAGGCUUUGUUUGGGAGACGGAAGUAGACAGUGUCUUUCAGCCAGAUCAGCUGGAUCUCCAGGAAGGUUUCCGGGGAGGGACUGAGAGCCCUUUGGGAUUCAGUGAUCCCAAUAAUAUCGUGUCUGAAGGCUCCCAUAAGGUCUCUCCUCUGACCAGCGUUGCCGACCUGGGAGAAAUUGUGUUGGAAGAAGAGCAGACCCCAGAGGGCACAGAGUCGGAAGGCCUGGGGUGCGAGCAGGAUGGACGGGAGGGGCCUGGCCUGGAGAGCUGCGGCCAAGAAGAGCCGACCCGAGAACAAACACACUUGCCUGAGCUGAACUCAAGUGGGACAGAAUUUGCAGAUCCUUCCGGCAAGAGGGAAGCAAGUCUCCCUGUGGACAGUUUGAGAGAUUCCGACAUCCUGGAGAUUGUAGAACAAGCCCUGGAGUUUAACCAAGAGGUCAUCAAGGCCGCUGAGCAGACUGCGGAGGCAGAGAAGUGGGCAGCCCACGGAGAGGGGGCCGACAGCAAGGGCUGCUCUCUUGCGUGGCCUGAUGUAGGGAGAUCCCAGGUUCCUACAGAGGCCCCCAAUGCCCCUUCCCCAAAUGCCAAAGACCCAAUGGGAUCGAGUCAUCUGUGGGUCGAAAGCAACAGUAACGGGCUGCAGCGGGAUCCUCGCCUGGCAGAGUUCACCCCUGAGCUACUGAAUGGCCUGGGGGGGCUUUGCUCUGGCCACAGGGCCUACGAGGUCGGCUCUUUCGGGGAAGAACUGGUGGAGGAGUUCCCCCCACUGCAGACCCUGAACGAGGCCCCGCCACAGACGCGAGCGAGUGAAGAGGCCGGCUCCCUGCAGCACACAGGGCAGGAGGGGGGCGAUGCUGGCAAGAGCCUCUUUGCUGACAGAGGGCAGUCGGCACAUGCGAAAGGAAAGGAUGUCGAGAUGGGGGCCAUUGCUGUCCCACCACGUUUCGGAGAAGAGAUUCUCCCCUUGGAGUCCAGACAACACCUGAAGCUGUGUCCUGAAGAGCAAGAAGGAUUCUGGUCUCCAGAGGACAACUGA